UGGCUGUUUUUACAUUGAUCAAUCAAUUUUCCCGAUCCAUCUCUCAAGAUUUUGGAUUUGUAGUGUUGUACUUAUAUUAUUCAGUCAGUUAAAAAGUUCGAUAAUAUGUCAAAUCCACUUGGCAUUCAUAAGUACAGAGAGAGAGAGAGAGAGAGAGAGAGAGAGAGAGAGAGAGAGAGGAUGCUCUAGUUCAAGAAAGAGUAUAGUUUGAUUUCUACUUUCUAGCAUCCAUCUUCAAGAUUAAAUCAGAUGAUUUCAUUGUCAGCUGAUGGAAAUGAAGAAGUUGGCUUUUGCUAGAUGACUAAAGUUGAAAUCUUGAGGGUGGCCCACUUCAAGCUGCAUCACAUACCAAGCUCAGACAGUUGAGUUUCAUUAGCAGAGAAGAUGAGUUUUUUUUUUGGUUCUCAAUGAUUGAUUUCUACCUUUAUGUGACUGCUAUUUAGCUGACCCCACAUCUCAAUUCCUUCUCCACCCAAGAAAAAAUUAAAUCUUUUUACACCCCUUCAAAAAUAUUUAAUAAUUUCUUGAUCAAGGGUUGGAUUUCCCUAUGCAAGAUUGAAUCUUGAAUCUGGGAAAGUUGGGAUUCUUGAAAUCAAGAAAGUUUAGUUCUUGAAAUCAUAGAUUAGGAUAGAAGAUGGCAUCUGGGGUUGAUUUUGAUGGGAGUGAAGUAAAAGGGGAGAUGUGGGAUUUGGAGCAGAAGCUUGAUCAGCCCAUGGAUGAGGAAGCUGUGAGGCUUAAAAAUAUGUAUAGAGAAAAGAAAUUCUCGACGCUCUUGCUCUUGAGGCUUGCAUUUCAGAGCCUCGGUGUGGUGUAUGGCGACUUAGGAACGUCUCCUCUGUACGUGUUCUACAACACUUUUCCCGAUGGAGUAGAUGAUACAGAGGACAUUAUAGGCGCCCUUUCGUUGAUCAUAUACUCCCUCACGCUGAUACCUCUCCUCAAGUAUGUUUUCAUCGUGUGUAAAGCAACCGACAAUGGCCAAGGAGGAACUUUUGCACUCUAUUCUUUACUUUGUCGGCAUGCUAAAGUCCGAACGAUUCCCAAUCAACACAAGACCGAUGAGGAGCUGACAACCUAUAGCCGAAACACGGUCCACGAGCUCUCGUUUGCUGCCAAGACAAAGGCGUGGCUGGAGGCAAACGCGUUUAGGAAAACUGCCCUUCUUAUGCUAGUACUUGUCGGGACGUGCAUGGUGAUUGGUGACGGGAUUCUCACCCCCGCUAUAUCCGGUAAUUAUUGUGUUCGUUUGUUCAUAACUAAUGAUGCGUCUGCACCUAUUUCUAACUCUUUAUUGGCCAAAAUGAAUGUAAAUAUCGCAGUUCUUUCGGCUUCUGGUGGGAUCAGUUUGGACCACCCGAAGAUGAGCAAUGAUGUUGUGGUGAUUGUAGCCGUGAUAAUUUUGGUCGGAUUGUUCAGUAUGCAACAUUAUGGCACGGAUAGAGUCGGCUGGCUUUUCGCUCCGGUUGUUUUGCUUUGGUUUCUGUUUAUUGGAGGCAUCGGCAUCUACAACAUAUACAACUACGAUAGCUCGGUUCUGAAAGCCUUUUCGCCUCUGUACAUAUAUCGGUAUUUCAGAAAUGGAAAGAAGAAAGGUUGGACAUCCCUUGGCGGGAUCAUGCUCAGUAUCACAGGAACUGAAGCACUGUUUGCUGAUCUUGCUCAUUUUCCGGUUUCUGCUGUACAGCUUGCUUUUACCAUCGUCGUUUUUCCUUGUCUCCUUUUAGCCUACUCGGGGCAAGCAGCAUACCUCAUGCAAAAUCAUGAUCACGUUGUUGAUGCAUUUUAUCGAUCGAUCCCAGAAAGUAUAUACUGGCCAGUUUUCAUUAUUGCGACGCUGGCAGCAAUCGUUGCUAGCCAGGCCACCAUAUCUGCUACGUUUUCGAUCAUCAAGCAGGCCCACGCCCUUGGCUGUUUCCCGAGAGUCAAAGUUUUGCAUACAUCGAAGACGUUUCUCGGCCAGAUUUAUAUCCCCGACAUGAAUUGGAUUCUCAUGGUUCUUUGCAUUGCUGUCACUGCUGGAUUCCAAGACAAGAGCCAAAUUGGAAAUGCAUACGGUACGGCUGUCGUCGUGGUCAUGCUCGUCACCACGCUUCUCAUGACUCUAAUAAUGUUGCUAGUCUGGCACUGCCACUGGCUCCUCGUCUUGUUGUUCACGUUGUUGUCUCUCGUGGUCGAGUGCACGUACUUCUCGGCCGUCCUAUUCAAGAUUAACCAAGGCGGUUGGGUCCCGCUCGUGAUAGCCGCCGCCUUCCUCCUCAUCAUGUACGUCUGGCACUACGGGACCCUGAAACGUUACGAGUUCGAGAUGCAUAGCAAGGUUUCUUUAGCUUGGAUUUUAGGUCUCGGCCCUAGCCUUGGCCUCGUCCGCGUCCCCGGGAUCGGGCUCGUCUACACCGAGCUCGCCAGCGGCGUCCCCCACAUCUUCUCCCACUUCAUCACCAACCUCCCCGCCAUCCACUCCAUCGUCGUCUUCGUAUGCGUCAAAUACCUCCCCGUCUACACGGUGCCCGAGGACGAGCGGUUCCUCGUGAAGCGGAUCGGCCCGAAGAACUUCCACAUGUUCCGAUGCAUCGCGCGGUACGGGUACAAGGACCUCCACAAGAAGGACGCCGACUUUGAGAACAAGCUCUUCGCGAACCUCUUCACGUUCGUGAGGCUCGAGGCGAUGAUGGACAGGUGCUCGGACUCGGACGAGUACAGCCUCUGCGGGGGGACCGUGCAGUCGAGGGAAAACGGCGAGACGUCAGCGUCGAAUCUCGACUUCACAAUCUCGUCGGCCGACUCCAUCGUUCCCGCGAUGCACGGGAACGCGUCGUCGGGCCGGGAGAGCGGGCAGACGGAGGGGUACGAGCUCCAGUUUAUGAGGAGCUGUAGGGAUGCUGGGGUGGUUCAUAUUCUGGGGAAUACUGUAGUUAUAGCAAGAAGGGAAUCAAGGUUUUAUAAGAAAAUAGCUAUUGAUUAUAUAUAUGCAUUUCUUAGGAAGAUUUGCAGGGAGAAUAGUGUGAUUUUUAAUGUGCCUCAUGAGAGUCUCUUGAAUGUUGGCCAGGUUUUCUUUGUGUGAUAUUUUUUGUUUAGUAGUAUAAUAAAUAGGUAAUUUUUGCUUUAUGUUACUUUGGUUUACUAUUUUUUGAGUAUUGUGAAGAGUAGAAUUAUGUAUAUGUGUAAAUAAUUGUAGAGUUGU